AUGACGCUCCUUUCAACGGCUUUUGUUUUAAUUUUGAGCAUCACUUUUACAUCUAGCUAUGUAUUAUCAACUGCAGAUGAUGAAGAACCUACCAUAGAAUGGCCCACCGAAUACCAUUUCGAAGGAGAAAUGUUGGAUUUGGUAUCAUCGACAAAGAAAUCUUUUGAAGUAUGGUACAGUGCAGAGCAGAAUCGUUCACGAGAGGAUUACUUUGGAGGUAGCUCAAAAACUUUCUUCUAUGCUGACGAGGGCCACAAGUAUUCGGUAUUCUCGAAGACUGACAGCGACAUGAAAAUUGAAACUGCUUGUUGGCAAUUAAACUUUACUUACGAGACACCGAUGAUGUUUUUGCCUGACGAAUCUUCGUUCACCUACACAGGUAAAAGGAUGAUCCUAUUCGACAAAUUGGUGGAUGUCUGGAGCAAUGAUUAUGAUAUGGAUGGUAAACCGGUGCAGAAAAUGACACUUUAUGUCUACAAAACAACUAACGGUGUUGAUAUUCCUGUACAGGUUGUAUAUAAGUUCUACAACACAAACACUGGCGAAAUCGAGGGCAACACUGUCACCAAUUUCUACAGUUUUAGGGAUUUGGUUUCCAAAGAGGAUCUGGAAGUUGAAGCUACUAACUGCGAAGUGCCAAACCCAGAUUCAGAAUUGACAAAUAUUGGAGCAGUACCCCUCUCUGCGGGUCACUUAGACAGCAUGUUCGAGAGUUAUACUAAUUACCACAACAAAAAAUACCAGAGACACGAGAGAGAGAUGAGGAAACGCAUCUUCAAUGAUAAUUAUCGGAAAGUACAAGAACACAAUAGCAAGAACUUAAAAUUCAAAAUGGAGCUGAACGCUUUCGCCGACUGGACUCCUGAAGAACUGAAAUACCUGACUGGAACAAGAGUUUCAGAAGAGCUGCCCAAAGAAGCCUUACCUUUCCCUCAUACCUUAGAAGAGAUAAAUGAUAUUAUUGAUCAACUACCCCAAAACUUCGAUUUAAGAAUAGAGGGUGCCGUUAACCAAGUUAAAAACCAAGGUACGUGUGGUUCGUGUUGGGCCUUCGCAGCUACGGCAGCAGUAGAAGGUGCUCUCGCCAAAGCCAAUGGAGGCCGACUGCUAGAUCUUAGCGAGCAAUCGCUUGUUGAUUGUGCUUGGAGUGAAGGUGCAUUUGGGUGUAAUGGUGUCAAAGAAUUAUCCCAUGCUUGGAAAUAUGUACUUCGAAGUGGUAUACCUACUGAGAAAGACUACGGAGUUUAUCUUGAAGAGGACGGGAUUUGCCACAUAUCAAACGUGUCUACAGUAUACAAAAUUCAAGGGUUUGCUAAAGUCACUCCAAGGAAUCCAAAUGCGUUAAAAGUGGCGCUGUACAAAUAUGGACCUGUUAAUAUUGCUGUUCAAUCUACUUCCUCUAUGUUCUUUUAUUCCAGCGGCCUGUUUUAUGAUCUCUAUUGUGACCCUAAAGAGCCGGCGCCUAAUCACGCUGUAACCGUAAUCGGCUAUGGAACCCGUGAUGGUGAUGACUACUGGAUCGUCAAGAACUCCUGGGGAGAGAGCUUCGGAGAAGACGGCUACAUUCUCAUGGCAGCCGCAAAUAACAACUGCUUUGUUAUGGAUAACGCUUACUAUGCUGUAGUUUAA